CUGUGUCGGUCAAGCAUAAUUUGUAGGUUAGUGGCGUGUCAUAAUUGCAGUGCCACUCCUGUCCUGCAGGUGGCAGUGCAUCGUAAACUUGAACGCUGAGCGACGGCUAAUGACAACGGCUAACGUUACAACAACUCGCAUUAUUUUCGUUAAAGGAUUUUUUUUUUAGCUACUUUCUAUAUUUACAGGUACGCCGUUAUCGCGCUUUAACCCAGAAACCGAGCUUAUACAGUAUCUAGCUCCGGUUACAGGUAUGAACUCUCUGGUUGGAUACGGAGUGUCCUCCGACUCUGAUAGCGAUGGAGAUGCAGAGGAUGUAAACAAAGCUGGCUCUGUUGAGGAGGCGGGUGAUGAGGCAGCGCCUGUCAAAAAGACCCGCAACUUUUUGCUGGAGUCUGGUUCAGCUUCCAGUGAAUCAGAACCAGAGGACGAGGAUCCAGAGUCCUCAACAGCAGCACCACUAGCAGCUGCUCAGGUACCAGCCGCUUCUGUAACCCGCCCGCCCAAACUGCCUACACCUUCCCUGGACUCCAUCACUUCCAAGAAACUGCCUUCUCCACCUCUAAAUGCCUCCUCUGACACCAGUGUGUUUGCCAACCCCUUCAAGGCUCAGGCAGACCAGAAAUUAAGUGCCCUGCAGAAGCACGUCCCCCUCACCAUGCAGGCCAAACCCUCCCAGAUAGGGGGUAAAAGGAUAUGCUUGUCGUACAGGAAAGACGGAAGGUGCAGGUUUGGGAUCAAAUGUAAAUUUGCUCAUGACAGUGACCUCCAGACCCCAGCCAUCCUCACUGACUUUCAUCCACCCGUGAGUGAAGAAACACCAGAAGCUGAAGGCAGCUCAUCUGGUGGAAGGUCUCAGAGCACUCCGCGGGAAAUAAAAGAGGAAGAGGCAGAAGGGCAGCAAGUGAAGAAGAAGAGGGUCGGACUGAGCGACAGCUUAAUUCCCCCUAAGAGAGCUAUGAAACAGUUUACCAUGCAAAGGGACAGAGAGCGAGCAAAUAUGUCUUGACUCUAAAUUAUAGAUUUAACCACUGAUUAACUGUCUGCCAGACACCUUGGUCCAAGACCACUUACAUUUUUAUUUCCCACAUAUGGAGUGGAAAUUAAAUUUCCUUGAGCAGGAAACACACACAUGGAUGCACGGAGUUGGGGAUGGAACCACUAACCGCACUGCUAAUGGUUCUAACAACUGGACUGCUACUUGAAAGUUGCUCCCUGCUGAAAAGAAAAACAGGAGGAAAACCAGAGGGUUUUAAGUCCUCAUUCAAUGAAAACACAUUGGGUAAAUGUUAAGAUGUUUAUU